AUGGUCCGGGAAGCAUGGUACAAGCUGUGGGAGAUCAACGGCGAUCCGGUCCGGGAAGCAUGGUACAAGCUGUGGGAGAUCAACGGCGAUCCGGUCCGCUUCAUCUUCCCGCGCUCCUUCCACCAGCGGAUCCUCAAGCGCUUUCCAGGAACCUUCCAGCAGGUGCUAGACCUGGUGACCAUGGCGAUCAGCUCGCAGGCUGACAUGUUCCAGGGCUCCUUCGGGUCUCUCUUCUCCCUUCAGACCAUGCGCCUGCGCUAUGCCUUCAGCACAGCUUCGUGUAAAGACACAGCCCUGGGGGAUGACUUUCUCUUGCCUGUUGAAACCACCGCUGAUGCCGGCUGGGGGGUGUUCUUGGAUCUCCAGGACAACGGCUUCGCCCAGGCCGACAUGUUCCAGGGCUCCUUCGGGUCUCUCUUCUCCCUUCAGACCAUGCGCCUGCGCUUUGCCUUCAGCACGGCCACGUGCAGGGAUGCGGCUCUGGGGGAUGAUUUCCUCUUGCCUGUGGAUACCACCGCUGAUGCUGGCUGGCGGGUGUUCUUAGACCUUCAGGACAACGGCUUGUGA